AUGGAAAAAGUCGAUGUUCUCAUCUGUGGCAGCGGCUCAGCCGGUCUUUGCGCGGCCACUUGGCUGGCUCGUUAUGGUAUUCGAUGCAAGGUGCUGGAACGGCGCGACGGUCCUAUGAAGAUGGGACAGGCAGAUGGCGUGCAAUGCCGUACUGUUGAGAUUUUCGAGAGUUUCGGCGUUGGUGAGGAGCUUUUACGAGAAGCCUAUCACGUCCUCGAGGUGAACUUUUGGGCGGAUGAUGGCACUGGCGCCAUCAAGCGUACAGGACGCACAGCGGAUACACAGCCAGGUCUAUCACACCAGCCACACGUCAUCUUAAACCAGGCUCGCAUCAAUGGGCUUCUCAUUGAGCUCAUGCAAAAGUACAACGACCAACAGAUCAACUAUGGAUACAAUGUUACCGAUGUCGAAGUCGACAGCGCCUCUGCCUCGGACCCGGAUGCUUAUCCAGUCAAGGUAACUGCAGAGAAAGACGGAAAGGUUGAAACCUUUGCCGCAAAAUAUGCUCUUGCGUGCGAUGGUGCCCACAGCGUUGUCCGCAAGGCGCUGGGUUAUAAAAUGAUCGGUGAUAGCAGCGACGCCGUCUGGGGUGUAAUGGAUAUGGUUCCCCGAACAAACUUCCCAGAUAUUCGCAAAAAGUCCACUCUUCGCUCAAAGGCUGGGAAUAUCCUGAUCAUCCCCCGCGAGGGUGAGAACAUAAACUUGACGCGCUUCUAUAUCGAACUUGCACCGGGAACCAAUCCUAAGGAUGUGACCUUGGAGAGCCUACAAGAACAAGCGCAGGCUAUCUUCCAUCCAUACAAGGUUGACUUCGCCGAGACCGUAUGGUGGUCAGCGUACUCCAUCGGUCAGCGUCAGGCUGACUGCUUCCACAGAGAUCAUCGAGUCUUCCUGGCUGGCGAUGCCUGCCAUACCCAUUCCCCCAAGGCUGGUCAAGGAAUGAAUGUCAGCUUGCAGGACGGGUACAACAUUGGCUGGAAGUUGGGCGAGGUUUUGACUGGCCUGGCCACUCCAUCUCUUCUAGAAACCUAUGUCCUAGAGAGACAAAAGGUAGCCAGUGAUCUAAUUGAUUUCGACCGGUAUUUCUCUAAGCUCUUUUCUUCCGGGGCCAAAACUACCCCUGCCGAGUUCCAACGGGGUUUCAUUCAGUCCGGCAAAUACACUGCCGGUCUGACAGCCAAAUAUGAAGUCUCACUAAUCACAGCAUCCAUGGAGUCUACUCAGCUUGCGAAUGUCGUUGUUGGCAUGAGACUACCCAGCGCACAAGUUGUCCGAUUCUGCGACUCCAAGCCUCAGCAACUCAUGAAGUCCCUCAAAUCCGAUGGCCGAUGGCGCAUCAUGGUUUUUGCGGGAGAUUUGACCAUCGCAGAUAAUCGGAGCAAAUUGAACUCUCUCGGAGAAUAUCUUUCCUCGCCGCAGGGACCAAUCCACACCUUCACGCCAAGCUCUCGAGAUGUCGACAGCUUGAUCGAAACGAUUGUUGUGGGACAUGGAACACGUCACGAUGUUGAACUGGAACAGAUCCCGGAACAUUUCUAUCCAGUGACCGGCCAAAACCAGACGAGAGACUUGCACAAAAUCUACUACGACGACAAGAGCUACAACGAGGGCCACGGUCAUGCUUAUCAAUUCUUGGGCAUUGAUCCACUACAAGGCGCCCUUAUCAUCGUCCGUCCCGACCAAUACGUCUCCGCUGUGGUGAGUAUCAAUGACUACCCUCAAAUUGGCAAAUUCUUCGGAGGAUUCCUCAAGUCACAGCUGUAG